CUCCACCUCACCCUCCAUCAUUCAUCCGAGAUUCCUAGGUUUUCUUCUUGCGAAAUUAUUGAUCCAAGGGAAAGGGAAGACACCGCUUUCCUUGGCCUUCCCUUUAUCUUCUCAGCAAAAUCCCAGCAGGGGAAAAAGGGGGAAAGAGAAUUUUUCGUUCUCUUUUCUCUCUCUUUCUUUGAGAAUCUGCCCGCCUCCCUUUGAUAUUCCAAGUUGUUUUGGGAAUCUGGGGCAGGAUUUUGUGCAGGGAAUGCGGGUAGGUUCAGCUUAGAUUUUCUUUGCUUGUGUAUAGAUCUUUAGGACCACAAAGUCCUGGUUGUGGACUUCUUGUUGUUGUUAUUGGCUUUACUUGGAGAAGGUUGGUGAUUUCUGAGAUGGGUUUCUUGGUUGAUUCACAAGAGGGGUCUGGAAAGGGAGGUGGUUCAUAUGGUGGUGUUAGGAGUUUGAUUAGGAGGAAGCAGGUGGAUUCUGUUCGUGUCAAGAAACGGGGUCAACAGUUGGCCAAGGAAUUGUCUGUUCUCCAUUUAAUUGCAAUUGGAGUUGGCUCAACAAUUGGAGCUGGAGUCUAUAUUCUUGUGGGAACUGUUGCUAGAGAGCAUUCUGGACCAGCGCUUACCAUUUCCUUUCUAAUAGCUGGAAUAGCAGCUGCUCUUUCAGCCUUUUGCUAUGCAGAGCUUGCAAGUCGUUGUCCAUCUGCUGGGAGUGCCUAUCACUAUUCAUACAUAUGUGUUGGAGAAGGUGUUGCUUGGUUGGUUGGUUGGGCCUUGAUACUGGAAUAUACAAUAGGUGGCGCAGCUGUUGCUCGUGGCAUAUCCCCAAAUCUGGCGUUGUUUUUUGGAGGUGGGGAUAAUUUGCCUGCUUUCUUAGCCCGUCAACAUAUUCCUGGGCUUGAUGUUGUGGUUGACCCGUGUGCAGCAGUUCUAGUAUUUAUUGUUACUGCUCUAUUAUGUGCCGGAAUCAAGGAGAGCACACGGGCACAAGUUAUUGUCACUACAGCAAAUGUAUGUGCCAUGACUUUUGUCAUAAUAGCCGGUGCCUAUUUAGGAUUCAAGUCUGGAUGGCCUGGAUAUGAACUUCCAACAGGGUAUUUUCCCUUUGGGGUCGAUGGGAUGCUUGCUGGUUCUGCGACGGUCUUCUUUGCAUACAUAGGUUUUGAUUCAGUUGCCAGCACUGCCGAGGAGGUGAAGAAUCCUCAACGAGAUUUGCCAAUUGGGAUAGGUGCUGCAUUGUUUCUUUGUUGUGCAUUAUAUAUGAUGGUCUCUGUCAUAAUUGUUGGUUUAGUACCUUAUUAUGCAAUGGAUCGUGACACACCCAUCUCCUCUGCCUUUGCUAGUCAUGGGAUGCAAUGGGCAGCUUACAUAAUAACUAUUGGCACUAUCACUGCUCUCUGCUCAACAUUGAUGGGUUCCAUUCUUCCUCAGCCACGGAUUCUGUUGGCUAUGUCUAGAGAUGGAUUGUUGCCGAAAUUUUUCUCAGAUGUUAACCAACACACUCAAGUUCCUCUGAAGAGCACAAUAGUGACUGGGAUUGGUUCUGCAAUCUUGGCAUUCUUUAUGGAUGUUUCGGAGUUGGCAGGGAUGGUCAGCGUGGGUACACUUCUUGCAUUCACCAUGGUAGCAAUAUCCGUAUUGAUACUCAGAUAUGUUCCACCAGACGAGGUGCCAUUGCCUUCGUCUCUUCGGGAUUCAAUUGAUUCAUUGUCAUUGCAAUAUGGUAAGAGUACCCAGGAUAUUAAUGGAGAAGACUCUAAGGUUAAUGUUGGCACCUCUAAGGAUAGUGCUGUACCUUUACUUGUCAAGGAGGAUGCAUCUGCUGAAUUUCCUCUUAUUGCAAAACAGCUGUUUCUAGGCAACUAUACAUUAAAUGAAGAAAGUAGGCGGAAAAUUGCUGGUUGGACCAUAAUGUUCACAUGUGCUGGGGUUUUUCUCCUUACAUAUGCAGCUUCAAAUUUGGCUCUUCCCAGAUCCCUUCGCUUCACAGUAUGUGGAGUUGGUGGUAUUCUUCUUCUAUCCGGACUGGUUGUGUUGACCUGUAUAGAUCAGGAUGAUGCGAGGCACAGCUUUGGGCAUGCAGGAGGUUUUCUUUGCCCAUUUGUGCCGCUGCUACCUAUUGCUUGCAUUCUCAUCAAUGUUUACUUGCUGCUUAAUCUUGGAGCUGCCACCUGGGCCCGUGUUUCUGUGUGGUUGAUAAUUGGAGUGCUUGUUUAUGUGUUUUACGGCCGAACACACAGCACGCUGCGGGAUGCAAUCUAUGUGCCAGCUGCUCACGCUGAUGAAAUCUAUCGUAGCCCAGUGAGCGGUUCAGUUUAAUCUCUGCGAAGAGAAUGCCUUUUCAGCCCAUGUAUCAUUUAUGUUAUGUAAUAGAAAAAACCUUUGUUAUAUCUUAAAAAGUCUUAGGCAAUUCUUUUCCUUCUCUUUGUUCAUUGUUCAUUGUUCAUUGUUUGUAAUAUUAUUGAGGCAAUGAUUGAGAUAUCAGCCCUCGGUUUGUAUAAUAGGCUUGUUCAGACAUUGUAAAUAGUUUGCAAAUGAAGCCCCAUCAUAUGAA